GCCAAAUAAAGCACUUCUAUCUCCGCCAUAUUGGAAAAGGUUGAAUGGCUUUAAGUGGAGGGGGUGGUGUUGGAGGACUGAUGACAGAUUGUGGUUAUGUUUGUUUGUUUGUUUAUAUCUGUGUUUGUAUCUUUCUUUAUUUAUUAUUUACCUCACGGUUUACCGGGUUUACCUUGUAAGAAUUUAGCCGUUCUUGAUCAUAUUACAUUGUCGUAUUAAAUCACGUCAUUUGAAUGAUGAAUUUCGAUCAUCAAAAACAUUUCAAAAAUAAUCGUUCCAGGUCGGGAAGUUAUCAGCAAAAACUCGUCGUUUUGAAGCGAAUGAUUGUAGAAUAUGUUCACGAAAAUGCGGCUUUAGUUGAUGAGUUGGAAGAAGUUCAAGCAAAAAUAAUAAUGCGCAAAGAAGAAAGAAAAUUUUUGCUUCGAAAGCUCUGUGAAUAUGAGCCACAAGUUGCUGUGCAAGUACAGAACGCAGCUAGAGGGGGUGUACCACUGUCAACUAUUGUAAGUGAUACAAAGAAAGCUAAGAAAAAAUCGGAAUCUUCAACUUUAGAAAGACGACCAUCCACGUUGAAACCAAGACGGCCCAGUAUUAAAAGUAAUAAGAAGAAAUUUGUUCAGCCUAUUCCUUUGGAUAAUAAUGGGAGACCUAUAUUUCCAAUUGAAUUAGGAAGACUUACAAUUCACUCUCUUGGAGAAGUAGUUUUUGAUCGGCAAGAAUUUCACUCGGAAGAUGCUAUUUAUCCAGUUGGAUAUGUGUCCACAAGAAUUUAUGGCAGCUUAAAAAAUCCUACUGUGAAAUGUGUAUACACUUGCAAAAUUUCAGAUGAUGGUGAGACACCAAUAUUUGAAAUAGCAUGCGAUGAUGAAAGUCCAUCUAUUGUCGGUGACACACCUGAUAUUUGUCAUACACUGCUUUUACAAAAAAUCAACGAUUCUUUGUCUCUCAAUGUUGUAAGCACCAGACCAAGAGGAAAUGAAUUCUUUGGUUUAACACAUCCCACAGUUUUGCAUUUACUACAAAGUUCUCCAGGUACAAGAAAAUGUAUUAAUUAUAAAUGGACCAGAUUUGAAAUUUCCAAGAGUGCAGAAUCUAGUCAGGACUAUAACGAUGCUGGUCUUAGUUAUGAUUAUUUGCAAAGAAGUAUAAAUUUAUGCAAAUAUAAAAUGGCUCCAGAUAUUUUACAAAAACCCAGUGAUUUUAUGGAUUAAAUGUUUUAAAUUAUGAUAAUAAAGUUAACUUUAAGUUAUGAUGUA